CCUAAAUCCAAAACCCAAAUCGAAAAGAAGCCGCUUCUGAAGAUUUCAAUUUUUCGCAGUUUGCCCUAAUCUCUCUGGUCGCCUCCCAAAAGCUGAUUAGCUGAAAGGAAAACGCCGCGCCACUGCCUGCAACCACCGUUCUCCGGCCGCCGCCCCUCACCACUCCCUAUCUCACCUUCAUCAUGAAGCUCGUCAGGUUUUUAAUGAAGUUAAACAAUGAAACUGUGUCAAUUGAGCUCAAGAAUGGUACCAUUGUUCAUGGCACCAUUACAGGUGUUGAUAUUAGUAUGAACACACAUUUGAAAACAGUUAAAAUGACUCUGAAAGGGAAAAAUCCGGUGACUCUGGAUCAUCUCAGUGUGAGGGGUAACAACAUCCGUUACUAUAUUCUUCCCGACAGCUUGAAUCUCGAGACUUUGCUUGUUGAGGAGACACCUAGGGUCAAACCCAAGAAGCCAACUGCCGGGAAGCCUUUGGGGAGAGGACGGGGACGCGGGCGUGGACGUGGUCGUGGUCGCGGCCGUUGAGUUGUGGUUCAUAAUUUUUGUGACAUGUGGUUUGAAGCUAUGUUUGGGAGGAUUUCUGAGGUGGUGUUAGACCUUUAGGAACAUCUGAGAAGCAGAAUUGUUAGUCUGUUCCAACUGUUUUCUUGCAGAAGCUGAUUUCUCUGAUGUAUCCUUAAUUAUGAUUAGCUUAUAACUACCGACUUAAGUUUGACCCAACAUUUUAGCAAUAUUGAUGUACUGUCCAUGACUUAGUGAUGAUACAAAACAUAGUAAAUAGGCCCAAGAGAAAGCCUAAUGCUCUUGAACUAUUUGUGAGAUAUUUCCUGAUUAUUCAGAUUCUUAUGUUUAAUACAUGCACGGCAUAUAUUUAAGAAUGUGUGCUUUAUAAAU